AUGGAGCUUAACACAAUAGUUGAAGAAGAUGGGCAUCAACAACAAACUCACAAAGAGGUUCUACUUGGGGUGAAGCCUUUAUCACAAGCAAGAUCCAAGGCCAAGGAAUCCAUCAAACCGUCUCAAGGGUUUGGAUGGAAGGACAAGGCAUUUCAAGAAUUCAAGGUUCCAAGAAGGCAAGUAGCAAUAAGUUCAACAUUGAGGAUCUCUCUCCUACACAAGAGGUCUGGGUGGCCCAAGUUUAGCAUUGGUUGGACCACAUUCUCACCUCAAGUGCGUUGA